AUGGCGUCAGAGACAGUACCGUGGUACUUGAAACAGAGCGCACAGGAGCUCGUAAGCAAGUUCCGCUUCAUUCAGCAUCAAGAAGACUUACGGCUGAGGGACGCGACAUUAAACCCAGCUAAGUCGCGAUGGAGUUUGGGUUCUUCUGUAGAUGAGUCGAACGACGACAGAAACCGGUACGUGAACAUUAUGCCGUACGAGCGCAACCGCGUGAAACUUCGGACGCAGGCUGGCAACGACUACAUUAAUGCGUCUUACGUCAAGGUGCAGGUGCCUGGGCAGUCGGUGCGGCCGGGCCACUACAUCGCGACUCAAGGGCCCACGCAGAACUCGUGGCCUCAGUUCUGGCAGAUGUGCUACCAGCAGUGCACCGGAAGCGACAUAGUUAUAGCCAUGGUGACGCCGCUGGUGGAGGGCGGGCGCCAAAAGUGCUUCGAGUACUGGCCUCACGACGCGGCCGCUCCGCUGAAGAUACCAAGGACACAGAGCUCCAGCUGCUCCGCGUCGGGGCCCGAGUCGAGCUGCACGACGUUCGACGUCGACCUGGAGGUGCACUUCCAAUGCAGCGAGCGCGAGAACGACUACACGCUCUCGACGCUCGAACUCGCGCCAGCAGACCCGGCUUUCCCAAAGAAAACCGUUCACCACUUCUACUUCGACCGCUGGAGAGACAUGUCGAAGCCUGACGAGAUAGUUCCGAUCCUCAAACUCUCGCGUCAUGCGCAUAGCCUGAACUCGAGCGAAAACCCUAUGGUGGUUCACUGUUCUGCGGGCGUCGGCCGCACGGGCACCUUCAUCACGCUCGACCAUCUUUUUCACGACACCCUCGAUUUCACGGCCGCGCAGCCGGUGCAGGACUACAGCCACGAUCUUGUUGAGCAGAUCGUCCUGCAGCUGCGCACCCAGCGUCUCAAGAUGGUCCAGAUGGUGGACCAGUUCCUCUUCAUCUACCACGCUGCCCGAUACGUCUUCGACCUAGCCCGUACACGUGACCAGUGA